GAGUUUCAGGGAGUUAUUUUUAAAACGCUGUUCCUAUUAACAGCCGGGACUGUGUGAAUAACUCAGUCUUUGUUGUCCUGAAGGUGAGCCUUCUUUGGACUCCCCCUUUUUGCUCAGAAAAGGGGGGGGGACAGUUUCACAAUGGAGGUGGAGGCUGGCAGACAGUAAUUAGUUAACCCAUCUUUCUGCCUGAAUCCUACUCCUCCUUCCUUUCUCCCCUCCCAGAACCUGUGGUUAAGAAGUUGCAUGAAAUCAUCAACAGGUUCCUUAAAAAAAAGAAAAAGAAAAAAAAUUGAUCAUGGGGAGAGAGGGAGGCUUUUAAGCUGAGCCACGUUUUCCUGCUGCAUGGGGCCACAGAAAUAUAUAUAAACGAGACUUAAAUAAGCUGAGGUCCUGCUUGCUAGCUGUUACUCCCGGGCUAUCUCUGAUUGCCUUUCCAGCUUCUUAAGAGUUGUAAUGCCGGGUGCGAUGACCAAAUUUCUCUGCUGCACGCUGCUGUUAUUGGACAUCUCAGUCAGGUGGACAGUCCAAGAAACUCCUCAUCCAAAGUAUAUCCAUUAUGAUCCUAUCACCUCCCAUCGGCUGAUGUGUGACCAAUGUCCUCCAGGAACCUACGUCAAACGGCAUUGUACAGCCUCAGCAAAGACGGAAUGUGCUCCUUGUCCAGAUCAGUCUUAUGCAGAUGAAUGGAACAAUAAUGAGAAAUGUCACUACUGCAACGUGAUAUGCAAGGAACUGCAGUAUGAAAAAAUCAAAUGCACCAGCACCAGAAACCGUGUCUGUGAAUGUGUAGAAGGACGGUACCUGAAACUUGAAUUCUGUUUGAAGCACGCAACAUGUCCUCCUGGAUUUGGUGUUGUUCAAAAAGGUACCCCUGAAAGUGACACCAUUUGUGAGAGAUGUCCAGAAGGAUAUUUCUCUAAUAAUACAUCAUCCAAAGCUGCCUGUCAAAUGCACACUAACUGCAGUGCCCUAAGUCUUAAAUUGGUGCAGAAGGGAGACUCCACACAUGACAACGUUUGCCAGGGAGAAGAGAAUGAUAAAUUGGACCAGCAAUGUGGAAUCGAUGUCACCCUGUGUGAAGAAGCGUUCUUCAGGUUCAUUGUGCCCAAAAAGCUAUCGCUAUCAUCCCCCUGGCUGAACACCCUCAUGGACAGUCUGCCUGGCAUGAAGAUCAGUCUUGAAAACAGAGAAAGAAUUAAACAAAAGAGUAGUGUGCAAGAUCAGACCUUUCUGCUACUAAAGUUAUGGAAAGAGCAAAAUAAGGACCACAAUACAGUCAAGAAUAUUGUCCAAGGCAUUGAUCUUUGUGAAAAUAGUGUUUUAAAGCACAUUGGACAUCUCAACAUCUCUCUUGAACAGCUCAGUAUCCUGAUGGACAACUUGCCAGGGAAACCUGUGGGUAGAGAAGAAACUGAACAGAUUUUUAGGAUGUGCAAAUCCACAGAGCCAGUACUGAAGCUCUUGAAUUUGUGGAGGAUAAACAAUAAAGACCGAGACACCAUCAAGAGCCUGACAUUAGGACUGAAGCACCUGAAAUCAUACCAUUUCCCCAAGACAACAAUUCAAGGUUUUCGGAAGGUGGUAAAAUUCCUUCACAGCCUCACAAUGUAUAAAUUAUACCAGAAGCUUUUCUUAGAAAUGCUAGGAAACCAGGUCCAUUUGGUAAAAAUGAGACGCGGGUAGUUUUAAGUUCUCUGAUCUUUCAUUUGCCACUUGCUGCUAGCAAUAAUUAAAUGGGGGAGGGGAAAGUUUUCCUAUAUGACAAUGCUUAUUUAUAUUUAUAUGACUGACUGGGAUAGCUUAGACUAUCUUAGAACUUUUGUUGUUAUUUUGUAAUAUUAAAAUGCUUAUCUGGACUCUGACUCCAUCCAAGAAUUCCAGUGAAUUCCGUGGACAAUAGAGAGAAAUAAUAGGGGAAAAAAACCCACCUCGAUUUGCUAUUUAUAUUAAUUUCAAAUCUAAAUUGUUGCAUGUAUUUAUUAACUUCAUUGGCAACUGUUUGAGAUUAAGUGCUGAAGCAGAUGACCACUUGUUAUAGAAUCAUAUAGCUAUAAGGGACCUUAGAGGUUUUCUAAUCCAACCUUCUUCCCAAGUCCUUAUACCAGUGGUGGCAAACCUAUGGCAUGGGUGCCAGAGGUGGCACUCAGAGCCCUCUCUGUGGGCACCCGUGCCGUCG